CAGGCCCGGCCCCGCCGCUCCCGGCCCCGCCGCCGCCACAUCCGCCGCCGCCGGGAAGGGGCCGGCGCCGGGGCCGCUGUGGGCGCCGCGCUCCCGCCGCUCGCUGUCGGGCCCGCGGGCCCCGCGCCGGCCUCAAGAUGCCGCUGGGGCUGAAGCCCACCUGCAGCGUGUGCCGCAGCACGUCCUCUUCCAUGUGGAAGAAGGGCGGGCAGGGCGAGAUCCUAUGCAACAACUGCACGGCCCGCUCGGCGCCGCCGCCCCCCGCCGCCUUCGCCACCACCUCGGCCGCCGCCCAGCACAGCAACGGCGGCGGCGGCGCGGGCGGCGGCGGCGGCGGCGGCGGGAAGCAGAGCAAGCAGGAGAUCCACCGCCGCUCCGCGCGGCUCAGGAACACCAAGUACAAGUCUGCGCCCGCCGCGGAGAAGAAAGUUUCCACCAAGGGCAAGGGCAGGAGGCACAUCUUCAAGCUGAAAAACCCCAUCAAGGCUCCUGAGUCUGUAUCCACUAUAAUUACAGCAGAAUCAAUCUUUUAUAAGGGUGUAUACUACCAAAUUGGAGAUGUUGUUUCGGUGGUUGAUGAGCAGGAUGGAAGAACCUACUACGCUCAGAUCCGUGGGUUUAUUCAGGACCAAUACUGUGAAAAGAGUGCUGCUCUAACCUGGCUCAUUCCUACACAAGCCAGCCCCAAAGACUGUUUUGACCCAGCAUCCUAUAUCAUAGGACCAGAAGAAGAUCUCCCAAGGAAAAUGGAAUAUUUAGAAUUUGUUUGUCAUGCACCUUCGGAAUAUUUCAAAUCUCGAUCAUCUCCCUUCCCUACUGUUCCUACAAGGCCAGAAAAGGGCUAUAUAUGGACUCAUGUGGGACCUACUCCUGCAAUCUCCAUUAAAGAAACUGUAGCAAAUAAUUUAUAAUUUUUUUAAGGAACACUUGGGAUUAAUUAUUUUGGGUGUCUCCUCCAGUUUGUAAAUCCCCUACAAAAAGUUUUAAAACUUACAAAACGUGCUGGUUUACUUUAUGGAUCAUGGUAUUUAUUUAUUUUAGAUCUAUCAGAUCUUUGAAGUGGAAGUUUUCAUUCCAGCUGAUGCAUCAUUUCAGUGCUCUGUUCUUCAGACAUCAUUGCAAAUCUUGGGACAAAACCACAAGUGUCAUGUCGUCUCUGACUUCUGGAAGUUGCCUGUAGCAUUCAUUCUUACUUUUUAAGUUAUCUUCCAGAAGAAAAGUUUAAAAGACAUAAUCAUCCAGGAUUUUAUGUAACUGUUUAAUUUAGUUAACUGUGACUGCUGACUUUAUUUCCUUGUUAAAUAAUUUAAGACUAGCUUCUCCUAAGUACUAAAAUGGUCAGUGAUGCAGUUAACAGGUUUCUGUUACGUGGAGGGGAGUGAUCUACCUGGAUUUCUCCAGACUGAAACCUCAUCUGCAAAGAGGGACUCCAGCAGUGACCUUUUAAGGGAAUUUUGUUCAUCUGAAUCUGAAAUGUGGGCUUAUGUGUGUAGCUUUCUACUAAACUUACUUAUCUAAGGACAUAAAUUUCCUGGGAAAUUGGAUGCAAAUUCAAAAAGUAAUGUUAAUUUGCCAUCCUGGCAUCCUCAUGGCAGAAGUGCAUCUGCAUUUCCUGAGCAAGCCAACACUGACCUACAAUUUGAGUUUCAGAUCGUUAAUAUUUGUUUGCCUGUUUGCUUGGACUCAUAAAAUUGAUUUAAAAUUGUUUUUUCAGUCUUCACAAUUAAUGAUGGUAAGAAAAAAAAUGGUCAGGCAAUUCAAAUGAAAAAAAAUAAUCAGUAAGGGAAAUAAAAACUUUAUGUAUUGACAGUCUCAGCAUAACAAGGAAAAUGUUUAAAUAGCAGAAUGUGAGAAGUGACACAUGCUAAAGUACUACAGGAGUUUUCUGUUCUAAACUUUGCAAGCCAGUCAGCUCCAAACACGAUGAGAUGUGCUUGUAUGGCCUGAAUUCCAAGGGCCAAGUGGUUCCUGCUGUCUGUGAAGGGUAAGAGCUAUAAGUGGCCUUAAAUUUAAAUGUACUGAACUUUUCUGGGUUUUUUCCUUUGUAUGAACAUAUGUGACCAGCACCCAAGAAGGCCCCAGUCACCUUUGAGAUAUUGUAUGAAAGCAUAAAAAUAUUGCACUAGGCUUAGGUUCUAACUUGAGGAAAGGCUUUGGUUUAAGUCUCAGGUACUGACAACUUUUCAUACAGUGGGACCUGUGAGAGCAGGAACCAGAGAGAUUUGGUUUGGCCUGCAGCCUCUCUUCUGCCCUCUUCACAUACAAGGAAGAACAGUCAGCCUUAAUAGAGUAGAUCUAAAGUUAAGUGAUACUGUCAAUAAUUUAGAAUGCUCAGAAGUUGGCAAUAUAUUGGUAAUGCAGAGUUAAAUCUUAAUCCUCAAUUGUUUACAAAGAUGAGAUAUGUGCCAUUGUUCAGUGUCUUGCAGUAAUUAAUCCUGAGAUGACCUCACUUCUCUCCAUGCUCUCCUUUCAAUUCCUCUGGAUUUUUCUUAUUUCUUUAUUAACAAUUACAAGAAAAUAAAAAUAACAAGUUUUAUAUUUACAGUAA